GGGAGAAAGGAGAGAAGGGAGAUAGGGGAGAGAAGGGAGAGAAAGCAGAGAAGUUGGAGAAGGGAGAGAAAGGAGAGAGGGGAGAGAAAGCAGAGAAGUUGGAGAGGGGAGAGAAAGGAGAGAGGGGAGAGAAAGCAGAGAAGUUGGAGAGGGGAGAGAAAGGAGAGAGGGGAGAGAAAGCAGAGAAGGGGGAGAGGGGAGAGAAAGCAGAGAAGUUGGAGAGGGGAGAGAAAGGAGAGAGGGGAGAGAAAGCAGAGAAGGGGGAGAGGGGGGCCCUGAGGAGCAGGAGCCGGAGCUCCAGGAGCCUGUCCCUGGACGAACCGCAGCUCUUCGUCCCUGACAACGCUCCUCCCUCGGCUAAGAAAGAACUGCAUGAGGAGGAGGGAGGGGAGGGCGAGGUGUCCUGGGACCCCAGCAAACACUGCGGCUUCUGCAAGAAACCUCACACCAACAGGUUGAUGGUGGGAUGCGGUCGCUGCGACGACUGGUUCCACGGCGACUGCGUGGGGCUGGACCUGGCCAAGGCGCAGCAGAUGGAGCAGGAGGACCAGGAGUACGUGUGCCUCAAGUGCUGCGCCGAGGAGGACAGGAAGUGCACGCCCCCGGCGGAGGGGCCCCCCAGGACCGACGGCGCCCCCAGGGCGGGGCACGCGGCCGACGGCAAGCCCGCCGGCGGACAGGACAGGAAGGAGCCGCCAGCCACAGCGACCGCGGGAGUGCGCGUCAUCAAAAAGGACUGCUUGGAGAGGAAGCUGUCGAUGGAGGUGAGGGACGCGGAGGGCAAGGCGGCGUCCGCUUCGGACCAGAGGGGCAGCCAGGCGGCGAAGGCCUCGCUGGCACCGGGGGACUCCGCGCCGAAAACCGGAGUGCAUGAGAAGCAGGAGGUGAAGAAGUUGAAGUCCUCGCCCACUGCCUCCAAGAAGCCGUCCGUUGAGCAAAUCCGGAGGAACGUGCGCGACUCUCUGAAGGAUAUCCUGUUGCAGAGGCUGAAGGAGUCCAAUCUGAAGGUGUCUUUGGAGAGAGCGGGCAGCGUGGCUACGAAAACGGAGAAAGAGCUCUUUGCCUUCUUCCGGGACACCGACAGCAAGUACAAGAGCAAGUACCGAAGCCUGAUGUUCAACCUCAAAGACGCAAAAAACAACGUGCUAUUUAAGCGCGUUCUGAAAGGGGAGAUUUCUCCGGAACAUCUGAUCCGGAUGAGUCCGGAGGAGCUGGCGUCGAAAGAGCUGGCCGCCUGGAGGCAGAGGGAGAAUCGACACACGAUUGAAAUGAUUGAGAAAGAGCAGAGGGAGGUGGAGAGGCGCCCCAUCACCAAAAUCACCCACAAAGGAGAGAUCGAGAUCGAGAGCCAGGAGCCCGCCAAGCAGCCGGAAACCACGGCGACGGUCGACGCUGUUCCCAGGUCAGUGGAAGAGCCCAAGGAAGUCCCUGUGGAGUCUGACUCAGAGGGCACCAAGGACACCACUGGCCAGCACAAAGCUCACCUGUUCGACCUGAACUGCAAGAUCUGCACAGGCCGGAUGGCUCCUCCCGCGGACGACGCCGCCACCAAGGUGGUGAAGGUGGCCACCACGGUGGUGCGCCGGCAGUCUGGCGCCGACGCCGAGCUCCGCCCCGAGGCCCCGCCCACCCAGCUGGAGGAGCUGUCCCUCACCACUCUAGAGGAGUGCCUGUCCAACCCCAGCGUGCUGUCCCUGUUGGAUGGAACGCCGGACAGCGCCCGGGGCCGGCAGGACGAGGCGGCCUUCCUGGCCCGUCUGGACUCCCUGUGGAAGGGCUUCGUCAACAUGCCCUCCGUGGCCAAGUUCGUCACCAAGGCGUACCCGGUGUCCGGGGUCCUGGACCAGCUCACCGAGGUAAGAGAGCCACAGAUCGGGGGAAUCGCCCUACCAAGACUCACUACUGAAUCAAAGAGACUGAUCUGGUUCAACGAGGCUGAGUCCCGGGCAGAAGGUGGCGCUGUUCAGCUCCCGUGUUGUCACCCGUUUCAGGAGGUGUGCUUGAUCCGGUUCUCCCCGGCGACGGAGGAGGACGAGAUCGCCUACACGCUGCUGUACGCCUACUUCAGCAGCCGCCGGCGCUACGGCGUCGUGGCCAACAACACCAAGCAGGUGAAGGACACCUAUCUCAUCCCCCUGGGCGCGGCCGAGAAGAUCCCGCACCAGCUGGUCCCCUUCGACGGCCCAGGCUUGGAGGCCAACCGUGCCAACCUGCUUUUGGGGCUGGUCAUUCGACAGAGGGUCCGAAGGGACUACGGUGCCAUUCUGCCCUUGGGCGUCGCGGAGCCUCCCCUCCCGAAGCUGGCCCCCGAGAGCAGGGCCAAGGGGGAGCCCGCCCUCGCCGACGGCGAGCGCAGGGAGGGCGACGGGUUCGACCCCGCGCGCGAGGAGCGCCAGGCGGAGACCGCCAAGCAGCCCCAGCCGGCUCAGGCGGAGCCGGGGCAGGGGCCCGGGGGGGAGGGGGACGCGCUGGCCACGGAGGGUGUCCUGCAGGAGCCGGAGAAGCCGCUGCGCUUCCUCCCCGGGGUGCUGCUCGGGGGCGAGGGCCCGUCGGCUCCCCCUCAGGACGCGGCGGCCAAGCCUCCGUCCGCAGCGAGCGAGGCUCCGCCGGGCGAGGCGGAGAAGGACGCGGACAAGCGCGAGACGGACGCCGCCGCCGCCACCGCUCCUGACGGCGCGGGCCAGGAGCCCGCCCCUAACAAGAGCCCCGCCCCCAUCAAGAGCCCCACCCCCAAGAGCCCCGCCUCUAACGGCCCCAGGCUGGACCGCUUCGUCAUAAAGAAGAAGGAGCCGAAACCGGCGAAGAGCGAGCCGCCGCCGUCCGCUACAGACGAGAAGCAGGACUCCUGCAUGCCCCCGGGGAAGGAGGCCGGGACCGCCCCCAAAAUCCCCCCCAAUCCGCCCCCAUCCCUGCCCUUAUCCCCGCCCCAUCCCUGCCCUUAUCCCCGCCCCCAUCCCGCCCCCAUCCCUGCCCCUCAAUCCCGCCCCAUCCCCCCCUCAUCCCCGCCUAUCCCUGCCCCCAUCCCACCCUCAUCCUUCCCUGCCCCCAUCCUCACCCCAACCCCCCCCCAUCCCCCCACUGCCCCCACCCCUGCCCCCACGGUCUCUCUGAAAGACAAGCCGCCUGACGUUUCCACGGAGGCCUUCCUGGCCCACCUCUCCCAGCCCCCGGCCCCCAAAGAGCCGCCCGGCGCCCUCGCCGCCCCGCCGGGGUCAGCGGCCGCAGAAGCCAAAGCCAGCCCCGCGGCGCCCGUCCACGCAGCUACGCCGGCUACGGCGGUACGGGCCGGCACCCCCCCUAAAGACGCCGCGCCCACCCCCGGCCCGGUCGCCGUCACCAGUCCCACCAAGGACCCCAGACAGCCGACGGUCCCCCUAAACGACUCGCCGUCCCCCGGGCAGGAAAAACAGGGCGGUCCCGUCGCCGGGGGUCCGGGGCAGGAUGCGGACAAGGGAGCGGAGAAGGAUCUUUCGAGCGAGCGGGAGAGCUUGCCCGUUCCGGACCGGGACCAGCACAGCUCCGCCCCGCCGGCGCCCGCCCCGCCCGCCCCGCCCCAGCGGGAGUACCGGCCCGUGGAGGACAUCCAGAGCAUCAGCACGGUGUCGUCCUGCGGGACCUCCGAACGCCGCGGCUCGCCCCUGCUCGCCCUCCCGCCCGCCGCGUUCUCCCCCGGGGGCCUGGGACCGCCGGCGACCGGCUUCCCCUCGCCCCACCCGGGCUCGCCCCCGUUCAAGUACCGCCCGCCGCCCUCGCCCGUUUACGCCCCCCAGAGCGGGGCCCCGCCCCCUUUCAAGCCCCUGCGCCAGCCCGCGCCGCCCGUCUUGGGGUACCCCGGCAGCCCGCCCCUCCUGUUCCCCCAGCCGGAGCCCCACCUUCAGAACCACGCCAUGACUUGGCCCCGCCCCGCCCCCUCGCCGGCGAGCUUCCCCCCGGCUCCAGGGCCGCCCCCCCUCGCCAGCUUCUCGCCUCCCGCGGUUCCGGUGGCGGUGGCGGCGGCGGCGUUCGAGGCCUCCCGCUUCCUCGAGUCCUCCAAACCGCCGCCCCAGACCCAGACCCCAUCCCCGACCACGCCCCUGGCCCUGCCCCGAACCACACCCCCGACCAGCCCCUGACCACACCCCCGGCCCCGCCCCCGGCCAAAGACGAGAGGGGGUCAGACCGGCGGCACAUAGACCCCUGGGAGAGGCAGCCCCGCCGUACCGAGGACGACCACAAGAGGGAGAGCAGC